UUAUAAACUGUCUUUGUUAAAUGGUGAUUAUAUUUUUGUAGAAGAACUUCACAUUUACCAAAUCGGAAAUGGUUCUAGAUACAAAUAUAGUAUAUUAAAUAAUACACAUGAUCUUGAUGAAUGGAAAAAGCGAGGUUACGAAGAUGAUUUCGAGUAUUGGUUUGAAAAGGAUGAUGGGAGAUUUGAUUGGUAUUAUAUAACUUUAUUUUAUAAUGAUAAACCUUGUUCUUUGGAUGGAUUUAAAUUACACUAUGGAACUGAUGAAUAUGAUGGUUAUGAAUAUUCUAUAACUAAAAAUUCCAACAGGACAGAAUCUUUUCUCAUUAAAUCAGAUGCGAGACUUUAUUUUAAAAAUAAUUUAUUAUAUAAGUUUUACUGGAAUCGUUAUCAAUUAAAUGAUUUUCGCAGCAAAGAUGGAAAAAUAUGUAUUUAUUUAAUUUUGAAUAACCGUAUUUUUAAUUUAACUAAUGAUUUUAAAUGUAAAUUUAUUAAGAGAGAAGUUUAUCAAACAAUCGAUAUCGAUAAAUCUGAUAUUGCUUUUUUUGAUGAUAAAAUAUUUGAGGAAAUCAAAUCAGAAAAUGAUG